UGUUUCCUCUUCUUUCUUCGUUUCGUUUGUUUAUUAGUAAAAAUGUCGGGUAAAAACAGGAAACGAACGGCCAGCAGCAGCAGCAGCCCCGAAGAGCCGGACAGCGAGGAGGAGUCGCUGAAGGAUCUGCAGGAGCGAGACGAGUUUGCAAACCGGCUAAAGCAGCGCGAUGAGGACCGGACCAGAAAGGUGGUGGACUCCACCGGCGGGCGAAAGGCCAUCGAGGAGGCCACCAAGCGCUUGAAGCUGGAGCACGAGGAUCGGGACAAGAUUGUGCCCCACCUGCGUCUGCAGUCCCGUCGUCAGUACUUGGAGAAGCGCAAGGAUGACAAGGUGGCCGAACUGGAGGCGGACAUCCUGGACGAUGAAUAUCUCUUCGAUGAGAGCGUAUUGACCAAGCGGGAGAAGGAGGAGCGCCAGUAUAAGAAGCAGCUGUUGAACAUAGCCAAGGAGCAUGAGAAGGCAAGGGAACUGGAGCGCGUGCAACGCUAUCACAUGCCCCAGGACAUGAAGAAGGGCGAGAAAUCGGAAUAUGUGGAAGUGGAUGACUUUGAAAGGCAACCGAACUCGGAGCAAAAGAAAUGGGAGGCCGAACAGUUGGCCUCGGCACGUUUCCACUUUGGUGCCAAGGAUGCCAAGGCUGAGGAGGAGUACGAGCUGCUCUUGGACGAUCAGAUUGACUUUAUUCAAGCCUUAACCCUGGACGGUAGCCGCGAAAAGUCCACCAGUCGGCAGCCCGAACUCACAGAGAAGGAGCGCAAACGUUUAACUUUGGAGGAAACUAAAAGAUCCCUGCCUGUGUAUCCCUUUAAGGACGAUCUGAUAGCAGCAGUGAAGGAGCAUCAGGUGCUUAUCAUAGAAGGUGAAACCGGUUCAGGCAAGACCACCCAGGUGCCGCAAUAUCUGGUCGAAGCGGGCUUCACCAAGGACAAGAAGAUGAUUGGAUGCACCCAGCCUCGUCGUGUGGCCGCCAUGUCGGUGGCAGCUCGUGUCGCCGAGGAAAUGGGUGUUAAGUUGGGCAACGAGGUGGGCUACAGCAUCCGCUUUGAGGACUGCACCUCGGACCGCACCAUUCUCAAAUACAUGACGGACGGUACCCUGCAUAGGGAGUUCCUCUCAGAGCCCGAUCUCGCCUCCUACAGCGUGAUGAUUAUUGACGAGGCUCACGAGCGUACUCUGCACACGGACAUUCUGUUCGGCCUGGUCAAAGAUAUUGCACGAUUUAGGCCAGAACUGAAGCUGCUCAUCUCGAGUGCCACCUUGGAUGCGGAUAAGUUCUCGGCUUUCUUCGAUGAUGCACCCAUCUUCAGGAUACCCGGUCGUCGAUAUCCCGUUGAUAUUUUCUACACAAAGGCCCCGGAAGCGGACUACAUCGAUGCCUGCUGUGUCUCGGUCCUGCAGAUCCAUGCCACCCAGCCUUUGGGCGAUAUUCUGGUGUUCCUUACCGGCCAGGAUGAGAUUGAGACUUGCCAGGAGGUUUUACAGGAUCGUGUCAAGCGACUGGGCUCCAAAAUUCGUGAACUGAUCGUCAUUCCCGUCUACGCGAAUCUGCCCAGUGACAUGCAGGCCAAGAUCUUUGAGCCCACGCCACCCAAUGCUCGCAAGGUGAUCCUUGCCACGAAUAUAGCGGAGACUUCGCUGACCAUCGACAAUAUCAUCUAUGUGAUCGAUCCCGGAUUCGCCAAGCAGAAUAAUUUCAAUUCUCGGACGGGAAUGGAGUCUCUAAUGGUAGUACCCAUUUCGAAGGCGUCGGCAAAUCAACGAGCUGGCCGAGCGGGUCGCACUGCUCCGGGCAAGUGCUUCCGGUUGUACACUGCGUGGGCGUACAAGCAUGAGCUGGAGGACAACACGGUGCCGGAGAUACAGCGCAUCAAUCUGGGCAACGCUGUGCUUAUGUUGAAGGCUCUGGGAAUUAACGAUCUCAUACACUUCGACUUUCUGGAUCCGCCGCCACAUGAGACGCUUGUUUUGGCUCUAGAGCAGCUUUAUGCGCUAGGCGCCCUUAAUCACCACGGGGAACUGACCAAGUUGGGACGCCGCAUGGCCGAGUUUCCAGUGGAUCCCAUGAUGGGCAAAAUGCUGCUGGCAAGCGAAAAAUAUAAAUGCUCCGAGGAGAUGGUCACCAUUGCCGCCAUGCUCUCCGUGAACAGCGCCAUCUUUUACAGGCCCAAGGACAAGAUCAUCCACGCGGACACAGCGCGAAAAAACUUCAAUCACAUGCACGGAGAUCACCUGAGCCUGCUUCAGGUGUACAAUCAAUGGGCAGAGACGGACUACAGCACCCAGUGGUGCUAUGAGAACUUCAUCCAGUAUCGAUCCAUGAAGCGGGCACGGGAUGUCCGCGAGCAGCUCGUCGGUCUGAUGCAGCGCGUUGAAAUCGACAUGGUCAGCUGCUUGCCGGAGACGAUUAAUGUGCGCAAAGCGGCCACCGCUGGCUACUUCUACCACGUGGCGCGCCUGUCCAAGGGGGGCCACUACAAGACCAUAAAGCACAACCAGACGGUAAUGAUACACCCGAACUCGUCGCUCUUCGAGGAACUGCCGCGGUGGGUGCUCUACCACGAGCUUGUGUUCACGUCCAAGGAAUAUAUGCGCCAGGUGAUCGAGAUCGAGAGCAAGUGGCUGCUGGAGGUGGCGCCGCACUACUACAAGGCCAAGGAGCUGGAGGAUUCUACCAAUAAGAAGAUGCCCAAGGGUGCGGGGCGAGCAGAGAUGACGCAGUAGUUUUGGGGUAUUC